GUCGCCCUUAGGCCAAAGACCUACCUCAGUUUACUAACAGUGUGUGAAGAAGGCCAAAACGAAUGGUUAGGAAAGUAAGUACUAUAAAGACUAAAGAUGAAGGCAUCACCGUGGACUUGGAGCCGUGCUGAGGUAGAACGUAAGCUGUUGGUGGGCGAGUACGAUUCAGUUGCUUUCCAAGAACAGCCGUGCCCUGUGGCUGGCUCUCAGAGUUCCUGUAGCCAAGAACCAUUCAGACUGUUGACUGGUGUUGAAUACGUUGUUGGAAGGAAAAACUGUGGCAUUCUAAUUGAAGGGGAUCAGUCAAUCAGUCGAAAUCAUGCUGUGUUAACUGCUAACUUUUCAGUAACCAUGCCGAGUGAAACAGAUGAAAUUCCUAUAUUGACAAUAAAAGAUAAUUCUAAGUAUGGUACUUUUGUUAAUGAGGAAAAAAUGCAGAAUGGCUUUUCCCAAGCUUUGAAGACCGGGGACAGAGUUACUUUUGGAGUGUUUGAAAGUAAAUUCAGAGUAGAAUAUGAGGCUUUGGUUGCAUGCUCUUCUUGUUUAGAUGCUUCUGGGAAAACUGCUUUAAAUCAAGCUAUAUUGCAACUUGGAGGACUUACUGUAAACAAUUGGACAGAAGAAUGUACUCAUCUUGUCAUGAUAUCAGUCAAAGUUACCAUUAAAACAAUAUGUGCACUCAUUUGUGGACGUCCGAUUGUAAAGCCAGAAUAUUUUACUGAAUUUCUUAAAGCAGUUAAGACCAAUAAACAGCCUCCACAAAUUGAAAGCUUUUACCCACCUAUUGAUGAACCAGUUAUUGGAAAUAAAAACAUUGAUCUGUCAGGACGACAGGAGAGAAAGCAAAUCUUCAAAGGGAAAACAUUUGUAUUUCUAAAUGCCAAACAGCAUAAAAAGUUAAGUUCAGCAGUUAUUUUUGGAGGAGGAGAUGCUAGGUUGAUAUCAGAAGAAAAUGAAGAAGAAGAUAGUUUCUUUUCAGCUCCUGGAAUUUGUGUUGUUGAUGUAGGAGUAACAAAUUCACAAACUCUAAUUCCUGACUCUCAGAAAACAUGGAUUCACUCAAUUAUGGAUAUGCUCCAAAGGCAGGGUCUUAGACCUAUUCCUGAAGCAGAAAUUGGAUUGGCAGUCAUUUUCAUGACUACAGAGAAUUACUGUGAUCCUCACGGCCAGCCAAGUACAGCAUUGAAGAUGACUCCAGGGCCAAGCUUUUCCCAAGGCUUGUCUGUCAAUGAAAAACUAAUGCUAAGUGCCCCAGUGAACACUACAACAUAUGUAGCUGAUACGGAAUCAGAGCAAGCAGAUACAUGCAUGGAUUUGAGUGAAAGACCUAAAGAAAUCAAAAUCUCCAGAGUGGAACAGAAAUUCAGAAUGUCUUCACAAGAAAUAUCCGCUGCGAAGGAACCCCACAAAAUAAGCUCUAAUGAUAAUAAUACAGUAUCAAAUACUCUGGUUAGGAUGAAAAUCCCAACCUAUCAGCUUUCACCAAAUAAAUUCUCAGGUAUAAAUAAAAGUAGAGAUCGGGCUUCUCAGCAGCAGACCAACUCCAUCAAAAACUACUUUCAGCCGUCUACCAAAAAACGGGAAAGAGAUGAAGAAAAUCAAGAAAUUUUUUCACCCAAAUCAGCAAGAAUAGAAAUGUCUUGUUCUCUGUUAGAACAGACACAACCUGCUCCACCCUCAGUAUGGAAAAAUGAGGAACAGUCUCUAUUUCAGAGUGAGCUUCUGGAAAAGAAACCAGAUAACUUACUUACAGAUACAGAUUUAAAAUCCACUGUGAAAAGUUCUGCCAAUGAAUCUCUUUCUACAGACAAACUAAGAUCAGAAAAAAGAAAAGAAAUUGAUGAUUUAGCCAUUGAAGAUGAAAUAUUGGAAGAGUUACUCAACACAAAAUCAGAGUUAGGAAUUGGAGUGAAAGUUCAAAAACAAGAGGAAGAUGUCAAUAUUAGGAAAAGGCCAAGAUUGGAUAUAGAAACAAAUGGCACUUUUAAUUAUGGUGAAGCAAUACCAGAAAGUAACAGAAUAUCUCAAGAAAAUGAAAUUGGGAAGAAAUGUGAGUUCAAGAAAGAUACACUGUGGUCAACUAAAGAAGAACUAUCUAUCAAAGAUGAGCUUCAGGGUGAUGGUGAUAUGUUUCCAAGGAAGGUGUUACUGACUGAAUUUAGAUCACUGGUGGUUAGUAACUUUACCUCCAGAAAUACAUCCUGUGUAAAUAGUGAUUAUGGUCAAUUAAAGAAUUUCAAGAAAUUCAAAAAGGUCAUAUUUCCUGGAGCAGGAAAACUUCCACACAUCAUUGGAGGAUCAGAUCUAAUAGCUCAUCAUGCUCGGAAGAAUACAGAAUUAGACGAGUGGUUAAAGCAGGAAAUGGAGGUUCAAAAUCAACAUGCAAAAGAAGAGUCACUUGCUGAAGAUCUCUUUAGAUACAAUCCUAAUGUAAGGAGGAGAAGAUAACUGAGGAUUUUAUGAAGAAGUCACAGGAAAACAUUUCCAUCAAGCAUUUAUGUCCUUUUCCUCUAGGAUAUAUACAUAAAGUACAUAGAAGAGAUUUAAAUUACAAAUGUUUUAGGCCCUAGAUUUGUUGAAUAAAAUGCACAGAAUUCCCAUUUCUUUUGUGUGUGACAGUAUUAUUCAGUUUCCAGUCUUUGUCAUCUCAUGUCUUAUGGUAAUUUUUUCAUUUUUAAAUGUGGUUGUUUACUUAUUGAAUACUUAACAUAGUCACAAUUCAAAAUGCUAAAACUAUAAAAGGAUAAGAAAUUAAAGUCUCCCUUCUACAACUGGUCUAGCUACUUGGUUCCCCUCAAAAAAAAAAAAAAAAA